AGAACACGGGGUUAGGUUACGUCUAACUCAGGUAAUUCUCCAUUUACACAAGCAGCAACGUGUCAAAUUCCUCUUUCAUUACAGACUGUACUGACGAAGAUCCGAACUACAUUAAACGAGAUGUUUCUGUAUCUCCUUGGCCUGGUGGCUUUCAUAUUUCUUUACCGCUGGAACCGAGAAAGAAAAAGAGUCGGAAAUGAAUCUGACAAAUAUGUCUACAUUACUGGGUGUGACUCUGGGUUUGGGAACCUGCUGGCGAGACAUCUUGACAAGUUGGGCUACCGCGUUGUUGCCUCCUGUUUCACAGAAAAGGGUGAGGAUGAGCUGAGGAAAGCCUGUUCAGGUGGGCUGACCACCAUCCACUUAGAUGUCACAGAUACAGAGAGUGUCAACAAAGCAGCAGCGUUCAUAAAAACCCAUGUUGGGGAAAAAGGUCUGUGGGCUGUAGUGAACAAUGCUGGAGUCGCCUUGCCUGCAGCGCCUUACGAAUGGCUGACCCUUGAGGACUUUAAAUCGAUGCUGGAUGUCAAUCUGUUCGGGGUUAUUGCAGUGGUGCUAAGCAUCCUCCCACUGAUUAAAAAAGCCAGAGGCCGGGUGGUGAAUAUGUCCAGUGUAAAUGGAAGAGUGAGUGUGCCUGGUGGUGGACCCUAUUCAAUUUCUAAGUAUGGAGUUGAAGCCUUCAAUGAUGGUCUGAGGAGACAAAUGCUACCCUUUGGUGUUAAAGUGCUGUGCAUUGAACCUGGGGCAUUCAAAACUGCUAUACUGAAUCUGGAUGCUGCAGAAAGAAGCAGCAAGGAACUCUGGGACAGACUGCCUCAAGAGAUUAAGGAAGACUUUGGAAGUUUGUAUUUGAAUAAGUUGAUGACGUUAUUUAAGCAGUUUCAGCCCUUGAUGGAUGAUGACUUGAUGAAAGUGGUGAGCUGCAUGGAGCACGCCAUCUCUGCUGUCCAUCCUCGAACCCGCUACUCAGCCGGCUGGGACGCAAAGUUUUUAUGGCUGCCACUGUCAUACAUGCCAACAUUCAUUACUGAUUACCUGUUCUACAGAAUGAUGGUCAAACCAGAGAAAUCGGUUAUGUAGCUCAUUUGUUCACCAUCUGCUGCUGUUAGGGUUAGAAUGUGUGAAUGACUUAUAUUUUAUAUACCUAUGUGUGAGUUUGUACUGAUAUUAAUGAGUGUAAACCAGUCAUAAGUAACAUUUGGUCUCAUGCGCUGGUCAGCUUGCUGACUUCCCCCUCCUGGAGCAUACAUUGUUAGCCCCAACCGUUGGCACACAUGCCUGUGGGGGAGAGCUAGAGAAGGAUUCUUAGAGGCGCCUUCUUGGGCCCUGGGGGCCCCCCUUUUCUCACAUUCCUGACAGGUUAGAGCACAGGAAUAUUGGAGAUCCCAUAAAGAUGUUUCAUGAUAAUCCCAGGUCAGAAUAUAGUAAUGUUUGGUGUUAUUCUGAUUGGUUCAGUGCGACUGGUGUAAUGGUCUAGUUUUUGUAACAGUCUACCUUUGAUAGCAUAACCAUUCAGAAGCCGAGGGGAAACUGGGCAAAAGCUGUCUCUGUAGAAGCCAGGUGUUUUAGCCCCCUGCCUGGUGGGCCUGGCUGUAAAUUAUAGAUGGGUGACUCACUUUUAGGGUCAAGAACUAAGGCCUGGUUUUCGGAGAUAAGGAGAAGAAACCAAACAGUCUGGGGUGUCUCCUUUCCUUUCAUUCACCCAAAUCAGGUUUAUUCAAAAGGUAUAUUACCAUGAGAGGCACAAAUACAUAUUUACAGCAUAAUGCAGUUAUCAUGAAAACUCCCAACUGCAGCAUUCAUAGAUAUGAUGGGGCGGCCUGUAGCAUAGUGGUUAAGGUCAGGAAGGGCUGCCAUUUGUGAGGGGCCUGAGAGCUGGGGUUUCAAUGUUGUUUAAACUAGAUUUGGGGAGUUUCAGGCAAAGAUAAGAGAAAGAUGUAUGAGUGGUCCAAGGGCAGUUUGGUCAUGGGAAAUGAAUCCUCCCGAACAUUGGUGACCUCCCUGUGACCCCAUACCUGGUCACUUCCAAGGGGGAAGACUCCAGACAAUGCCACAGUGCCCUCAUUUGGGCACUGCUGUCAUUACACCGGUGACUGUUCUCCUAGAUUAAAUAUUCAAAACUGCUAUUAAGAUAGUAAAUAGACCCGGUAAAACCUUGAAAACAUUGUCCAUGUGAUCCUUGUAUCAUUGCAUUAAGUCUUAUGUAAUGGUAACAGGAAUUACAUGUAAAAUGGAUGAUCAGGAGGGAAGUUUCAUGAUAACUGCAACAUAAUAAAACAUAAGGUAAUCUGUUUGGUAUGGAUGUGAUCUGGUAAAAUCAAGGAAUCGGAUGAUAUACAUUUCAUACCAAAUGGAAUUUAAUAAACUAUAGUUUCAGUAACUCAAGGGAAAACCUGCAUGUCCUCUCUUGGUAAUCAUCUCAUUUUCCCUACUUAACAACCCCCACCCUGGUGGGGGUCUAAAUUCCAGAUUUGACCACCCCUCCAGGUUGAUUUAUGGCACUGCCGCCUGGUUCCAAACGUAUGAUUUGGCAUAAAAGCAAGGGAGACAGACCAAUCUGGGAAGAUCGUAUUCGACUUCCCACACAACAUGUCUUGUGUAUGUAUGUAUGUAUGUAUGUAUGUAUGUAUGUAUGUAGCAGCGGAAGAUCGUAUUCAA